GAUCCUUUCAAUAUCCUCCUCCUCUGAGUCAAGAAGAAAUUUUAGGCAUGAAAUCAGAACUUGACGACAUGAACUGUGACACUAGUUCUUUUAUAUACCAGCCUGAUGGGGGCUCACUAUCAUGGCCAAGCUUUUCACAAGUACAAAAUCAGGUGAACAUUAUGUAUGUAACCCUCUUUUCAUGUUUAUCAUAAUUUUUUUCACCCGAUUUCUAUAAGAUUUGGAGCUAACAUUACCAUGCACAGCCGCCAUUGAUGUGUGAACAUCCAGGGGCAUUAAUGGAAGAAACAGUCACAAAAGGGUCCUCCGAUGGGUUUAAAGUUCCAAAAAGUACAAUUGCUGGUGUAAAACAAGAUGAUGAUUCAAAAAGACAUAUGGAUGGAUACCAAAAAGAAACGAGCUUUUCCAACAUGAGGAACUCAGAAGAUGGAUAUAAUUGGAGAAAAUACGGACAAAAGCAAGUAAAAGGCAGUGAAUACCCUCGAAGCUAUUACAAAUGCACACAUCCAAAUUGUCAAGUCAAGAAAAAAGUGGAACGUUCCCAUGAUGGGCAUAUUACUGAAAUCAUAUACAAAGGUGCUCAUAAUCAUCAAAUCCAAGGUCAUCGCAGCAACAUUAAUGGAUCUCCCGACGCUAAUGGAUCCUACGUCAAGAUCGAAGAAAGGGAUAACAUUUCAAUUCAUCCAGAAUGGAACACAGAUCGUAUGGAUCGCUCAUCUUCAACCUCAGUUGGCAUCGAUAAUCCUGACCUAAUUUCACCACCGAAAGGGAAAUCCAUUGGAAUUAUCGAAUCAAACCCUAAUUACGAUUAUAACGAAGAAGAUGGGACGAACAUAGGAACACAUUCACCUGGAGACGACGCCGAUGAAGAUAAAUCCGAUUUGAAAAGGAGGAAGAAAGGGAAUUACUUACUGGAAACAAGUUUGGUAACCAGAGCUAUGCGUGAACCAAGAGUAGUCGUUCAAAUCGAGAGUGAAGUUGAUAUUCUUGACGAUGGUUAUCGCUGGAGAAAGUAUGGUCAAAAAGUCGUCAAAGGAAACCCAAACCCUAGGAGCUACUACAAAUGUACGAGUACCGGAUGUCCGGUGAGAAAACACGUGGAAAGAGCUUCUGACGAUUUAAAAUCAGUACUGACAACGUACGAGGGAAAACACAACCAUGAAGUGCCAGCUGCUAGAAACAGUAGCCAUGCCACCAUGGACGUGGGGUCCACCUCAAAUGCUCCACCUAUACCAUUAUCUAGAAUUCCUACCAUCCCCAACUCCGAACCACAAGUUCAAGAUCUUCCUCUUCGUUUUGAUCGAAAAAUUUCCAACGGAUAUAUUCCGCCAAAUUUCGUUGCUAAUUUUGACACUAAACCUACGAAAUUUGAACCUUCAUCUAUGUAUCAGGAGUAUAUUCCUUACCAAAAUCCAAUAACUUUCAAUUCAGUUUUACCUGAUUUUCCUAUUUCGUUACCGAUGAGUAUGCCAAUGGCUCAUAAUUUUGGUUAUAAUAAUAAUGGAAAACAUGGACGAGAGUCUUUUAUAGGAGGACAAAUGCAACAUUUGAGGGACAAUAAUGGUAGAUUCAUUAGACCGAAACUGGAGCAGGAUGAUGGUUUUUAUGACACUUUUAUGUGUGCCCCGGAUCAUGUAAACGAUGCUGCUUCCAGAUAUUGUCGCGUGAUUCCUAAUUUUCCUUCAUAAGUUAGAAACAAAAUUUUGAAAAAAAAUUCUUUUAUAGUUAGAGUAGGACAUAGUUUCCUGCUUAAUAGGUUUGUUAUUUGUUGAAGUGAAGGAAUUAUUAAAC